AUGAAGUUCCGAACCCUCUACGAGCUCGAUUCGAGCGAAGGGACCGUGCAGUUGGUGGACAGCACCGACCAUCAUGCCACGCACGCUGAGCACCUGGGUAACAAGGAUAUCAUUCUCGUGCCACAGCCAUCGACGGAUCCCAAUGACCCCCUGUUGUGGGCACAGUGGAAAAAGAUCGUCGUCUUUGUCAACGUCUGCACGUUUGCUUUCCUCGGCAAUGCAAACAUAGGAGGCUUGUCUCCCGGGUUCAGCGAGAUUGCAGAGGAGUUCAAUCUCACGCCGGCAACAGCUUCAAAGCUCAUUACCACAACCAUUUUGGUGCUUGGAUGCUCAAACUUCUUCUGGACCCCAAUGGCGAUAUGGCUGGGGAAACGACCAAUCUUUAUCAUAGCUACGCUCAUCUUCUUCAUCACUAAUAUUUGGGCUAUGGAGUCGACGACAUUCGGCAGCCUUCUGGGCUCGGUGAAUGUGGCAGCCUUUGCUUGUGGAUCGACGGAAGCUCUGGGGGCAGCAAUCGUCAACGAUCUGUUCUUUCUCCACGAGCGAGGGUCUAAAAUGGGCAUCUACUUGAUUUUCCUGUCCCUUGGUAGCUCCAUGGGACCAUUGUGUGGUGGUUUCAUCAUCGAAAACUGUGGAUGGAUCUGGUUCAAACGGGUUCUCGCCAUAUUUUCCGGCGUGAACUUUGCUUCCGUCCUUCUAUUCUGCCCCGAGACGCGAUUCUUCCGACCGGUGAUUGUUCCCACACCCUGCAAUACAGCCAACGAGACCAGUGACAAGACGGCCGACGCUCCGGGUCUAGAGAAGAGCGACAACGUGGCCGUCCACGAGGAGGCAACAAGGCACAGCAUCCCGCCCAAGAAGACAUACUUUGAGACCUUGACCCCGUGGUCCGGUAUAAACCCAGACGGCAACCUGCUGAGGAUUCUUUUGCGUCCACUACCUUUGAUCUUCUACCCUGCGAAUCUUUUUGCUACUGUUGCCUAUGCAGCAUCCCUGGCAUGGAUUGUGAUCCUAGCCUCAAACAUCUCUUUCCUCUUGUCCUCCCCACCAUGGAGCUUCUCGCCGUCCAUUAUUGGAUUGGUCAACCUACCAACUUUGAUCGGCAACUUACUUGGCGCACUCUUCACCGGUUGGCCUGCCGACAAAUACACCCAGUGGAGGGCUCGACGCUCCGGCGGCGUCUUUGAGCCUGAGACACGAUUGGUAUUUAUGUGGCUGCCAGGACUGGUCGUUCCGGCCGGCUGUUUGAUGUACGGCUUCGGCGCGCAAGACCAGAUGUCAUGGCCUAUCAUCUUCAUUGGAGCUGGCUGCGUGGGAGUUGGCCUGACUGCGGUCGCCAAUGUCAGCAUGACUUACGCGGUAGACAGCUACUAUCCGAUCAGUGCCGAGUCACUCCUCGUGAUCAACGGCGUGAAAAAUAUCCUGGCCUACGGCAUGUCGACCGAUGGGACAGUCUGGAUCCAGAACCAAGGCUACAAAAAUGCCUUUGGAACGAUGGGUGGUAUAACUGCGGCAGUUUUGCUAUUUGCCGUGCCACUGGCGGUGUGUGGCCGGAGAGUUCGACACUAUUCAUCCAACCACAUGCGGCUCAUUCUUGAAUGA